AUGGAUGCUGUCAACCAAGCCGAACAUGAAGACCCUGCAGUUGAAGAGAACCAGGAGAGGGUUAUUCCGGAAGAGCCAGAGCCAGCUCCCUUGAAUCCCCAGGCCGAAGGACAUCAGGAAGAUCAACCAGAAGAUGUCAACGAUGACCCGGCAGAAGAAGCACAGGCAGCACUGUUGGGCGGUAACCAUAUUCGAAACAGAGACCCAUCCAUGGAAAUCACUGACCACGAACGCCGAUGCAGCCAUAGAAAGCUCCCCUGA